AGCUCUCUUCAAGCUCUCAAUUUAUCGACAUUUUCCUCAUUUUCUGUUGGAGUUUGAUGCCAUUUACUGUCUCUGCACAGAUCCAGUUGGUUUUUUUUUUUUGUUGGAUUUUGGAUUUUUGUGGACAUUGGUAACCAGAAGUUGAUGCUGUUUUCGUUUCUGUCAACACCGAUUUGGGAGAAGUUUUGCUUUUUUUCAUAAAUCAGUCCUACCCAUUACCAUUUCUGUUGAAUUUCAAUAGAAUUUGAUGCUUUUAGUGUUUCUGGAGCUGCCCAUUGUUGGAAAUUUUCUAAGGGUGCCUGUUAGUGGCUUUUUUUUUUCUUGGGUGUCUGUUAGAAUCAUAAAUCACUCCCACCCAUUUCAAGUUGUUUUGAAUUUCAUCAGAAUUUGAUGCUUUUAGGGUGUUUGUAGGUUACCCAAUUUGAGAAAUUUUCAAAGGGUGUCUCCUACUUCCCUUUUUUGGCUGUUGGGUUUUGAUUUGAUGAUAUAAAAUUCUUAUGUCGGGAGAUUAUUGUGGAAUUUGGAACUUUUCUUUAAAGAUUUAUUAUGGGAAAGAAAUUCAAAAAUGGUAUUGUGUAUUUUGAGAUCGAAUACCCAUUUGGUGAGUUUUGUUUUGUUUUUUCGUUUUUUUUAAUUAAUAGAUUUUUAUGACCAGAAUUCAGACACCCCAUUUGGCAAAAAAGUACUAUUAUUGUGUCUGCUGUAACCAUAAACCAGUCCUGCAAAUUUCCAUUUCUAAAUAAUUUCAGCAGAAAUUGAUGUUUUUUGGGGGUUUUUUCUAGAUACCCAUUACAAGAAAUUCCAAAGGGUGUUUGGUUUGGUGUGUUGAUUUGGAGCUUCCAAAGCUCUAAUGCUGAAAGGGUCAUUCUAGUUUUGCGCAUGGAAAUGGAAAAGAAGCUGUAGUAAUGAAAUUCAUGGUAUUGUGUUUUUUGAAGUUAUUGAGGAAAAAAGAGAAAGAAUCUACUUUCCAUUCUGCUAGUUUGGUGAGCUGUUAACUAAUGCCAUUCUUUUCUUCUUUGUCUCCUUUAUGCUCUGAAAGUUUCACUUUCUUGUCUGUGGGGCAUUUGAUAUUAUAGUAGGUUUGAUCUUAGGGUGGUUUUAAAGUAACCAGUUGGUGGAUGGAUGGUAGAUUAUAUGCCUGGUACAAGGGAUUUCCCUUUUCUUUGUGUAUGUGUGUGUGUGUUGGAUGCUGCUUCUGAUGAGGAUUUUGCUUUUGCUUUCCCCUCUAAGUAUAAAGCUGCCAUUGCUGUUUGUUCCUUGUUGAGUCUUGCAAGAAAUUACCAGCUUUUGUUAGUCAAACUUUGUGUCACUUUAGUUAGAGAUCUUCUUCUGUUUUGGGGUGGCUUGUGAUCGACCGUUCGAGAGCUGGGCAGUAGAAUUCGGAAGAGUUUUGAAGUGGGCGGUUUCUAUAGCUUGUUUUGAGGGGUUGUUUGGUUUUGGGAAAUGGGUGCAGGCAAUAAUGGUGAAUUUGGGUUGGAACAGAGAAAUCUGGAUUGUCAAUCUUUCGGGGUGUCUCCGCAGUUUGAAAAAGUUGGUGAAAUGACGAUGAACUCGGAUUCGUUCUUUGUUACCAGCUGGGAUCCGAUUGUUUCGAUGGUGGAGGAUAUUGGUUGUAAAGGGUCAAUGGGUUCUCAUCAUCAGACAGAUCUGGCUCCUUAUGAUGUUGGUAUGCUUGGAAGCCCCUCUCACCUUGUUGAGUAUCCAUCUGGUGCUGGUUUCGGGAAGCUAACUCAAAGAUGGGAGGGUUCUGAUCAUGGCAUGCCCAACCUAGAGCACCGCCCAAUUUCAGAUGACAGGAAUGUGGGGUCGUCGCCUACUGGGAAUAAGAGAAAAAGGAUGCCUGAGAGUCACACAAUCGACUCCCCUUCUCAACUCGACAGCAUUCAGAAAGAUGUUCCACAUGCUGCAACUGAAAGUUCGAAAGAGAGAGACGAAAAGAAACAGAAGAGUGAACAGAAUCCAAGCGCAAGCACACGGAAGCUGACCUCAAAACAAGCCAGGGACCAUUCCAAGAACGGGGAUUCUCCAAACGAAGAUUAUAUUCAUGUGAGGGCCAGGCGAGGCCAGGCAACCAAUAGCCACAGCCUUGCAGAAAGAGUGAGAAGAGAAAAGAUUAGUGAGCGAAUGAAAUUUCUUCAAGACCUUGUUCCGGGAUGCAAUAAGAUUACUGGCAAGGCAGUGAUGCUUGAUGAGAUUAUUAACUACGUCCAAUCACUGCAACGGCAGGUUGAGUUUCUGUCAAUGAAGCUUGCCGCAGUCAACCCGGAAUUGAACUUCAACAUAGAAAGGAUUCUCUCAAAAGAAAUUCUCUAUUCGCAAGGUGGUGGAUCUGCUGUUCUUGGAUUUUGCCAUGGAAUGAAUACCUCCCACCCUGAUUUGAAUGCACCAAUCCAAGGGGCCAUACAAUCAGAAAUGGGAAUCUGCAGUAUCGAGAAUUCAAGAAACAUGCUGAAAGCGACCAACUCCCAGUUUUCUGCCAUGGCUCAAAUACCAAAUGUAUGGGAUGGUGAGCUUCAAGGCAUUGUUCAGAUGGGCUUCGGCUUCAACAUUCCUCCUGACAGUCAUGAACUGCAUGGUCGCAUGAAGGCGGAGCUUUGAAUUGUUUUGGGGACAAAACAUCCAUCCUGUCUAACAGAUGUGCAUUGCAGGUCGAUCAAUGUUAAAUCGAUCAAUGUCAAGUGUGCUUACCCAUCUAGCCUGAUAUCGAUUUCCAAUAGAGGGCUCGUUAGUUGAUAACAGUUCAUAGCGAAAGAUUUCAUGACUCGCUCCAAAAAGAAAUGAGAACUUGUGGAUUGUAUAGUCCACAUCUCCUAACCCUUCGUUCUUCGACUUUUAUCAGAAGAAAUGACUUGACAGAUUGAGACCCAUGUAUAGAUAGUCUAAGAGAACAUAGGAGAUUGUUCUGAAGUUUAAAGAAAUGGGUGUUAAAAAAAAGGGGAAAAAAAAAAAAAAAAACUGCUAUGUGUGUGAUUACAAAAAGAUGCCUUUCAAAGUUCGAGUUGAGAUUGGAAAUGGAGUUCUUGAUUUGGGAUUUUGUCAGUUGAGUUUCAAUUGUCCUGAUGAAAUUUGGGUUCAUCGUUUUGAGUGUAAAAACUUCAUGGUGUUGAAUUUGCUGAUAUAAAUCUUUUCUUUUCUUUUCUUUU